UUCCAUAGCAACAGAGGCAGUUGCUGAGAUCCAGAGACAGCUUUACCUUAUAGCCCAUCUUUGGAUCUCGAGCGCCCAAUGCUUUUCCCCAUGGACCUAUUUUACCCAAGGUUUUUGCUCUUGUUGUUGUUAAACGUCUCGUUGUGCCUCGGCUGCGAAACCAACAAUAAAUCACAAGCCCAUGGGAACCAAGACACGGCAAAGAAGUCCGUCCAAGAUUGCCCUGAUGAAGGACAAGAAACCCACCACCGUGGAGCCCAACUCAGCCCAGAUCAUUAAGCAGCCUCGACAGAAGAAGAAGAAGCGUAGCAAGAAAAAGAGGAGUAAAUCCCAGCGGCCCCAUCUCACUGUGCACGGCAGGAGCUGUUCCAUUCAUAGUCUUGACUCCAAAGGCUUGCCAUCAGAAGGCCAAGAGAGUCCCACCGAGUUGUGUUGCAGCAAUGAGGACACGGGAAACGCAUCUUCGGAGACAGACAACUUGGGAGAGACCCAUAAUGCCAAGCUGGGAACCGAAAAGAAAAGGAUAACGCUCAGGAAAGAGAGAACAGAGCCAUCAGAAAAACCUAAAGAUGUUAGCAACAGCAGAGAGAACAAAAAAAAAAUAAAAUACCCCAACGUUGUGGAGAAGAGGAAGUACCAAACCGUCUCCGAAUUCCAGUUUGUAUACCCAGGAAAAUCGAAUUUUCACUCCCUCCAAGAAAAUACAAAGCAGAACUUGCGCUCCAUCUACCAGGCGAAGGUAGAACCGAAGCCGCCGAGGUCCACUCAGCUGUCGUGCUGGAUGCCUCACCAUCAGUGGGACAUACGCAAAUCCCAAAGGGGAAAUGCCACCCCAGAUGCCAACUGCCCGGUCGGUAAUGACUUUUUGAGAAAGAAUCCGACUCAGGCUCUGAGAAGCCUGACCUACAAGAUCAACAAACUCGUCCUGGUGAACGAAAACGACCUCGGGCCCACUCGAAACACCCCCUCCGCCCCGACGGUGAACUCUUACUUCCCUCACCUGCAACAUAACCCCGUCUCUGAAAAAACGGGGCCCUUAACUGAAGCUUUCCAGAGAUCGAAGCGCCGUUCGGCAAAGAGGGAAGACCGGGUCGAACAGCAGCCACCCGUAGAAGCGUGGAGCAAACUCAGGGGGUUCCCGGCUCCUUUGAGGAAUUCCCCCAGGUUGAGGCCUGUGUCAGCCAAGGAACACCACGAGAAAGCUACCGAUCAGAUGCUUGCCAGGAAAAGAAACCCAAACGUGAAGCUGGCCGGGAAAGGAAGGGGAGACCUCAACAGGCCUGGGGUCGACACGGACGGUAUCCCUCAAACCAAGAGCGCCAUCAUCAUCCCGACCGUCAGCCGGUAUCUCUCCAGCGAAAACCUAAGUGCCAAAGGCACUCCCCUGGGGUGGAAAACCGUGACCCAGUUCCUAGCCGAGAAAAAUGUGGCCGAGGGGAUUCCGAUAAACGGUUCCCAGGGCGAACUGGGAUCAAGUUCCUUUUCAGCGGCCUCCGGCACCAGCCCAAAAGACGAAACGUCCAAUACGGGUGCCGACGAACCGGAUCGAGCCGAGCCAGAGAGAGAUGUCAAAGUGGGGGACGCUGGAGACCUCGAACCUGGAUCCAAUGCAACGGAAUGACCCCCCCUCCCCAAAAAAGAGGAAGAGUUUAUUCCGCAACGCUAUUUUUUUUUAAAAAAGGGGAAAGAAUUGGCUCUUUGUCUUCCCUGGUAAUGCAUGCUAAGCUGCCCAGAGUGCAGGUUGGAAAAAAAGCUACUUUCCCACAGGCGAGUGGAGGGCUCCUGUUGGAAAAAAAUGCCCUUCCCUAUGGAGUUUUAAAACCCGGAGUCCCUCAGCUCUGGAGGUUUGCUGGUUGGAGAAGACUGUAGCAGAGGACGUUGGGUUGCUAAAGAAAAAAAAGGGGGAAAAAAAAAAAAAGGGGGGGGGGGAGAGAGAGAAAUUGCUGAUAAUAGCUUCUUUUGCUGGAAAUUAAGACUCUGGGGUGGACUUUAGGACUCUCCGUGCAGAUGAGUGCUCUCCAGGGUCUCUUCGGGCUCCGUCUUGGGCUUGGUUUGGAGACAUUAAAGCUUUCAGCAUCCUGAA